AUGUCUGUGGUGACAGAGCCUCCGGUCCUAGACCGCGAAACCACUCUGGCUGCUAUUCCCCUCCUGGCUGUUGCCGCCUACAAUUCCGUGGAGCUGUUUUACUGGAUCUUCAGCUUUUUCAGACACUACCGUGGCCUUUACUUCUGGAGCCUCUUAGUGACCGCAUGGGGCACCAUCGUAUUCGCCACAGCUUUGAUCCUUUCGUUAGCGAACAUGGGGCCUCCAGCCUUGGUACUUAUCGCCUACAGUUUAGGGUUCCUCACCAUGGUCACUGGCAGCGUUAUGGUUCUCUACGCCCGUCUUCACCUUGUUACCAUGGACAGGACUCCACAAUAUGUCCUGCUCCUCAUCAUCUUCACAACCUGUACCCUGCAUAUUCCUCUCUGUAUUAUGAACCUCGUCAAUGGGUUUACGGGAGUUUCGCCAAAACCCGCGUUUGAAUCCUUCACCCGCAAUUACGAACACUUGGUUAUACUCUGCUCGUGCGCACGCGAACUGUUCAUAUCAGGCGUUUAUCUCUGGGCUGCCUUCCGAAACCUCAAACCUAUUCUGGACGCCAAAGGCCAGGAGGGCCGCCGAGUGGAACGCGAAUUGAUCGUCGUGAACAUUUUUGUGCUGGCCUCGGCUGCCGCCCUUAUGAUAUUGGAUCAUACAGAUCAUGAUGCAGUUAAACAGGGCUAUGGGUCUAUGGCAGCAAGUAUCAAGUUGAAAAUGGAAUUCGCCGUUCUGAAUAAAUUAGUCAAUUUGGUUCAGAGUCCACUGCAUCUCAACCAGGUCUCGUCUUUGCGCCUCCCCCAUGAGGAUUAUUCCUUUCACACCAGUGACCCGAACCACCCUUCCGCUACCGAUCAGUCUACCAACGACAAAUCUUCCGGUGACUUAUCACUGUUGCCGGGCCGAUCCCGACUCCGCCGCGCACACUCUCUAGUGACCGUCUUCUGUACAGCAGCCCAGAGCGUCCUGAUGCUGAAGCGAGUUCCAGCCGCGGCAGAAGGCGAUCCCCGUGGAGACGACGUCGGUAAUCUACCCUGUGCCCUCACUGGUCUCUAUCAGCGGGCUCACGGACAAUCCUGA